CGAACAUUACCCUUGAUAAUUUUUUGCCUCCGCCGGCAACCCAAAACCACGUUGCCCGAACAAACCAUUUGGUUGCGAACCCCUUAUAUUCGCUCAUCAACCCAUCCGCCCCCGCUUGUACAGCAUCCGGAGUCCGCGCAUUCCUGGUUCUCGCAUCAAGCAAGCCAGUGAUUAUUCUUCUCCGGGGACCCGCUACUCCGGACAACUAUCUCACAUCGCGCUUCGGUGGUACAUCGCAGCGCGUGUGGGCAAACCGCAAUCAUGGCACCUAAAAAGAAGGAGGUCCAGAAGUUGUCGCUGGGCGACUUUCUAAAUGAUACCUCAUUUGGCGGCGGCGUCUCCUCGUGGGCCGAUGAAGUCGAGGACACUUAUGCAUCCGGCACUCAGCCGCUCCCCCCUCCCGAGCGUCGCUCGGGUGGAAUGAGCUCAUAUGGCGGUGGCAAUGAUCGAGGCUACCAUUCGCUCCGCGACAAUUUGCCCCAGCAGCUGCCCACCAAACCCCCGUUCACCGCCCAUCUUGGCAACCUGUCCUAUGAUGCCACUGUCGAGACAGUCACGGAAUUUUUUGAGGAUUGUAACGUGACGAACGUGCGGAUCAUUGAGGAUCGCGAACAGAACCGGCCGAAGGGUUUCGCUUAUGCUGAGUUCGCCGACCUCGAGGGUCUCAAGACAGCCCUCACUCGCGAUGGACAGACCUUUCAGGGCCGCAGCAUCCGAAUCAAGGUUGCUGAUCCCCCGAGGGGAGGUUUCGACAGGGCCGAUUCGUUUCGUGAACUCGAUUGGUCUCAGCGGAAGGGUCCUUUGGCUGAUAUCCCCGGCCGGGGCGGUGAUCGACGUAAUAAUGAUUUCAGCGAGCGUAGACGGGAAUUCCAGCCUGCCGAUGACGGCAAGGUCCGUGAUUUCGGCAACUGGGAGAGACGCGGACCUCUGUCACCUCUGCCCCAGCAAGAGCGGCCCGAGUCUCGCGAGGGUUCCCGCUCCCGUGGCAUGGAUGCGCGAUCCGAGUCGUUCCGCGGUAACAGGAGAGCCUCCCCGGCUGCUUGGGGCCCCAGUGAGGGCCGUCAGGAUUCCCGCCCACCCCGUCGUGAAUUUGCGGAUCGCCCAGAGCGUCCCGACCGCCCGGAACGUGUUCCUACCGCUGCAGAGACAGUCUCCAACUGGCGUAGCCAAAUGCGCCCCGACGCGUCGAUCAAGUCGCCAGGCCAGUCUCGCGAGGGCAGCGAGGCACCCCCUUCGCCGGCUGCUUCUGCCGCUCUGCCUGCCGGACGGCCCAAGCUGAACCUCGCCAAGCGAACUGUUUCCGAAGCCACCGAUGCGGCCCCUGCCACCUCUACUUCUGGCGGAUCUAAGCCGAACCCGUUCGGUGCGGCACGCCCAAUUGACACCACUGCACGGGAACGUGAGGUUGAAGAGCGGCGUCAGAGGGAAAAGAGGGAAGCCGAGGAGAGGGCAAAGGAAGAGAAGCGCGCCAAGGAAGCGGCCGCCAAAGAAGCCGCCGAGAAGGCUGCAGCAGAGGAGGCAGCGAAGGCCAACGGUGUGAAGGAGGAGACGCCUGCGGACGAGCCCGAGGCAAAGGCGGCCGACAAGGAGGCCACUCUGGCCGAGGCUACCAACGAGCAGAAGCUCCCCGUCCGCUCUCGUGAGCCACGGGAAGCACCCAAAUCACGAGCUCUCGAGAGCGGUAGCUGGAGGCAGCCAACAGGGGAGCAGCGCAUCCCGUCUCGCGGCGGCCAUGGCGCCGGUGCUCCCCGGCGUGGCGGUCCCCCUCGUGGUCCUCGAGAUACCGCACGGCCACCGCGCUCUAACGGUAGUGGUGCCGCCCCGCAGCCGCCUCAGUCUCCGAGCGUCGAGCAGGCGCCCCCGACACCAACUGUUGAUGAGGAUGGCUGGACCACGGUGCCCAAUAAGGGACGACGCGGACAGGGCAACCGUGCAAUCGUCUCGUAAACGCACGAACGAAGCCCCCAAGUUGGUUUUCCCCGCCCCAUUGGCAGUGGAGAGUCCACAUAGACUCCGGCGAAUCUCUCGGCUCUUGCGGCUUUGACGACAUCUUUUUCCUCUUCGUCUCACACCAAUCGCUCGCGCACCCUCGCAUCACUUCGUCUUUAUUUGGGAUAGGCCAGCAUCGGGCCUAUGAAGCUUACAAGGAUAUAGCGGCCUUCCUCUCAGAAACCGAGUGAAGUUGCCGAGUCUGCCACUUUCGGGAUCACGGGUCUACCGCUCAUCUAUUCCUAGCAUCGUCAGCCCAACAUGGCU